UCAAUACUUUAAUCAACUCUAUUUUUAUUUAAAAAUGUCUACCGGAACGUCUAGAAUUAUUACACGAUCAAUGGCUGCCAGAAAUGCUCAACCAAAAGAGGAAACUAAAAAAGAGCCAAAAGAAGAACCUAAAAAGGAGAAAGUUGUUGUUGACCAACCGAAAGAAGACGGAGAAACUAAUCAACAAAAGAAGAUUACUUGGACACUUGAUGAUUUUGAAAUUGGCAAACCGCUUGGGAGAGGCAAAUUUGGAAGUGUUUAUUUGGCUAGGGAGCGGAAAUCUGCUUAUUUGAUUGCUCUAAAAAUUCUUUUCAAAAAAGAAUUGACCAAGCAUAAUGUUGUUAAUCAAAUGAAGAGGGAAAUUGAAAUACAAUAUCACUUAAGACAUCCAAAUAUUCUUCGUCUUUAUGGUUAUUUUUAUGACGAUGAACGAGUUUAUAUGGUUCUUGAGUUGGCACAAAUGGGUUCAGUUUAUUCGCUUUUGAAGAAGACACACAAAAUUGCUUGUCCUUUGGCUGCGCAUUUAAUAUUGCAAUUAUCUGAUGCUCUUAUUUAUUGUCAUGAGAGAAAGGUAAUACAUCGUGAUAUAAAGCCGGAAAAUCUUUUACUGACUGCAAAUUGUGACGUAAAAAUUGCUGAUUUUGGUUGGUCAGUCCACGCGCCUUCUUCAAAGCGUACAACAAUGUGUGGUACCUUAGAUUAUUUAUCUCCUGAAAUGAUUCUCAAUAAGGAGCAUGAUCAUAAUGUCGAUAAUUGGUCGGUGGGUGUUCUCCUUUAUGAAUUUAUUAUUGGAAAACCUCCUUUUGAACAUCAGACACAUGCGGAGACUUUGGAAUGUAUUCGAAAUUUGAAAUAUCAAUUUCCUAGUACUUUUCCUGCUGGAGCAAAGGAUAUUGUUUCAAAGUUGCUUUUAUUAAAGCCAACAGCUCGUAUGCAAAUGCCUGUGUUAAAGAAACAUCCAUGGAUUGUGGAGAAUUCUGCAAUUUUUGUUAAAGAACAGGAAGAAAAAGAAAAAACGGAAAAGGAAAAGAAGGAAAAAACGGAGAAGACGGAAAAGAAUUAAUUUUCUCAAAAUGGUUGGGCUAUAGUGCAUUUAAGUGAUCGUUUUUCUUAUAUAUAUUCUGCUUAACAACAAAACAAAAAAUGACUUUGAUUUAUUUAUUGUUUACUUUAUUUGUUUUUGGUUUGGUUUUAUAUAAAUUUUGUAAUUUAAAGAGUUUUUAUUUUAAAAAUGCUGUUUUUAGGAAUAACAUUAACAAUUUUAGUA